UUCUGCUGACACAAAGGAUAAAGUGCUGGUGUUUUUCAAGCUGAGACCUGAAGUGAUUACUGAUCAGAACCUACAUAACAACAUUCUUGUUUCAUCGAUGUUAGAAUCACCUAUAAAUUCCCUUAAUCAAGCAGUGCGGCAGGUAUUUGCACCAAUGUUGUUAAAGGAUCAGGAAUGGAGUAGAAACUUUGAUCCCAAAUUUCAGAAUCUUUUGAGUGAACUAGAAGCUGGAUUGGGUAUAGUUCUAGGAAGAUCAGACACUAAUUUAUCAAAACUGAAAUUUAAGGAAGAUGACACACGAGGUAUUCUUACACAAAAUGAUGAGUUCCAGUUUUGGAUAGAACAAACUCAUCGUGGAAAUAAACAGAGUAAUAGAGAAAGAGCCAUUUAUUUUAAAGAAUUAUUUGAAACAAUUUCAAGAGUAUGUAAUUCAUAUAUAUUAUAUGUUACGCUUUUGAUAAAAGUACUUUAGAGUUGUACGUUUAAAAAAUUUAUCUGUUUUAAAAUCAUUACUUAAUGAUUACAAACAAAAUAUAUCCUUCAUAAAUAGCAAGGCUUAUUUAAGAUGUAUAUUUAAUAUGAGUACAAGCUAAAAAUCUAAACAUUUUGCCCAGGUAGCGUGGC